UCUCUCUCUCUCUCUCUCUCUCUAUCUAAACUCUCUCUGCCCCUCUCUAAAAUUUUCUGCAAUCAAGGGUUUCAAUUGGUGGUAGAGAUUACUUCUACUCCUGUAUUGUGUUUCAGCGGGUAAUUGUUGUUACUUUUACUCCUUUAUUGUGUUCAUCAUUUUAUCUCAUUCUUUUUGUUUGAUUUUUUUUUUAAUUCUGCACAUAUACUUUAAAAACUUUGAUUUCUACUCUAUUUUAUGUUCUACCUGUUGGUGUCUGGGAGAUUGGUUUUGCUCAUUACUAGAUUUUACCUUGAAUCCUGCACCCUCCUCCUCGGAUUCACAAGCCUGACCGAACAUAACCAUGCCUCUGCUCGCGUUACCCAAAAAAAAAAAAAAGAUUUUGCCUUGAAGAAUCUCUCUUUUUCUCACCAAAGAAUUUCGAAAAAUGAAAGUACAAAAUUAGAAAAUUAGUAAUUCGUAGACUUUAGCUCCUUUCAUCUGUCAAUCAAUUUGAUAAACUGUUCAAAUGUCCUUUUUUGGAAGGUGAAUGGUUUCAAUAUCAGCACAUGGUAAACAAUGUUUCAUAUUAAAAUUUCUGCGUUCAGCACUUAAAAUACAAUAUUCGGUCAUCAAUGCUUAAUUUUUGUUUUGUUAAAUAAUACCUUGGUAAGUUGAUAUCUCUCUUAAAUUUGCACUUACAUAAGACUGCCACUUGAUCUAGCUCUCCUUCCACACACACAUUCCUUCACACACAAAUCAAUUCCCAAAUGUGAUACAUACAUUAAGCGUCCAACCAAAAACCAUUGGUAACCAUCCACAGGUUUCUGCAGUCAUUGACAUUGAUAUUGUAAAAAUAUAGAUUAUAUCCAAAAUUUUUGUUGCCAUUUUUUGUUGUCUAAGGCAAAUUCUGAUAAAAAAAAAAUGAUCUGAAAGCUCUUCAAAUAUUUCUUAAUUUGUCUUCAUGACAAAAGUCAAUCUAUAUCUAAUCCAUUACAAACUAUAUGAGCAGCUAGUACUGGUGGGCGUGAUCCAAGUUCCAUCAGCCUCCCUCCAUAGGGAUUCAACUCAACAUGGGCAAGAAGCUCCAAAAGAAUAAGAAGAAUCAUCAAUUCCAGAGGUAUGAUCUGAGCCAUGACAGAAGAAGAGACAGCUGCAAUUAUGAAAUCCUAAGCGGUCUAAGGUUCCAUACUGAGGAAGAACAUAAAGAUGAUAGGAUUAGCAGUUUACCUGAUGACAUCCUUUUGCGCUUUCUUUACUUAAUCCCUUUCAAAGACGCAUUGCAAACUAUAGCUCUUUCUACUCGAUGGAGAAAUUUGUGGAACAGGGCUGCUUUGGUAAGACAUGGUGCUAUAGAAGAUAUUGACUGUGUUGUAGGUGACUUGCUCCUUCACUUUGUUGAGCUCAAUCCACUAGCGCAUCCAGAGAGACUUCGAUUUCAAUUUGGCCGUGGACGGAUCCUCUCAGCUAUCAUUGGAUUAGGAAAAAAACUUCGUCUCGAUUUCUCUAAGGGGGAAUCAGCAAUUCCAAGACAGUUUGAUUGGCAUUUGGUGUUGAAUAGCAUAGACCCUACCCACCAACCUCCUUCCCACACCACCUUUGUCAAAAGUCUAAAUUUAACAUCUGUGAACUAUCUUACCAAUGAAAUUGUUUCUUCUCUGGUUUCAAACUUUCAAUCUCUUGAAAGUUUAACAAUUGCAAGGUGUGAGGGGUUACAAUCUUUACGUGUUGAUGUUCUGUCAAAGCUCCUGAAUUUGACUAUUCUGGACUGUCCUGACCUUAAAUCUCUUUAUAUUGAAGCCUAUGAACUUCAAUCUCUUCGUUAUCGAGGGCCAGUUUGCUGGAUUUCACUCCGGGGUGUGGUUGACAUAGCAGAUGCCAUGCUUGAUUUCAGAUAUAGCCCAGGCUACAAUCAGUAUUAUUCGUACAAGCAUUCUGAUUCACUGAUAAAACUCUUAGGAGAUGUUGAAACCCUUACACUGAGUGGAGGGAUUUUCAAGACACUUAUGCACCCACUACCAUCAAGAAGAUUCUAUAGACUCAAAGAUUUAUGGUGGAUAGAUAGUUCGAUGGAAGAAUACAAUAUUGAUUCAUUGUUCACUUUUAUAACAGCAUGUCCUUCACUGGAAAGGCUCUUCAUAACUAUUGACCCUACAAGCUACCGCUCACCAAGCUCUUUGUCAAAGUGCUACAAUAAAGUUGGUAAGCCAGCAAGAUUGCGGCAUCUCAAAGUGGUUAAAUUGGAAGGAUUCACAAAGGAUGAGGAUGUAAUUCUUUUGAAGGAACUUUUGCUUGAGGCAUUCAAUGUGGAGCCACGAAUCAUAGUAGCAACAGAUGGGAGCUACUCUCGGACUAUAAUAAAGAUUCCAAAGCAUCAAAGGAAGAACAAUUUGAAAAUGGUGGAAUCAAAGUCACAAAGGUGGAAGUCCCUUUACAAGUUUGUGGAAGAACUUGAAGACAACAUUGGUUUGUAUUCAAAACAUGCUCAUUUUGAUUUGUAG